AUGGCGGCCAGCUUUUUGAAUUUCUGUGCCAUGUGCGAAAGACAGAUCACGGUGCCGGAUAAUUCUCUUCUCUAUUGCAGUGAAAGCUGUCGUCGUAAAGACUCACACAAGCCACUCUCCGCGUCCUUCCCAUCGAGUGGCUCGAUACCCUACUCGAGAUCUCCGCCCACCUCUCCGCCCACCUCUCCUCUCGUUUCUUUUCGAAUGAUUGUUGCUCCGAUGACUCCCACCAAGGUCCCCGUCAAAUCCACCCCGACCACCGGGAUACCCACCGACGUUCAUGACUCCAGGGUAGAUCAGGACCCCUCCGAAUGGAAGCCGGUAAUACCUGCGGCUCAUGGCAGUACGGGGUCGCUGGCGUCGACGGAGGCCUGGCAUUAUCUUGCUCAAUUCCACGGCAGCGCACCGUCGUUUUCGAGGCGUCGCGACGGUGCUGGUCACCGCAGCUCGGCCAGCCUAUCCACGCUCAUGAGCGCAACGGCUCCUGUUCCGUCUUUGACCCAUACACCAUCAACCACGGCAUCGUCUUUUAGUAGCACGGCAUCAGAUUACAUCGGUUACCUGCCCGACCCGUCUCAUCGUCCGUUGCCUCCUCGCCACAAUCCCUACUUUUCCAAUGGCGCCGGCGUCACCAAGAGUGUGGAACUUGUGGUGCCUCACGUUGAGACCCCAUCUGCGCAUGCCAACGCUGCAGACAUGUCCGACAGUGGCUCGAUCUUUCCUGCCAGCAGUUCCCUCUGGAAUGAGAGUUUGGCCGGAAAGACUCCUACCGAAACGGUGAUCAAGGCUCCGAGUGCUCUCGAUUUACCCAUCAUGUUGAAGCAGGAGACUUCGUGA